UUCCCUCUUUUUUCGAUCCGAGUUGCAUCAUCUUUGACUUUCCCCGUUUGAAACUCUUCAUCCAGAUCUCCUCCCACAUCAAUCUUCCCCCACACUCACUCUUGCUGAAGACUAACGUUGUAAGACUCCUCCCCCAUUUGGUGGUUUCUUCUUCGGGAUUGUUGUUGUUCGUGGACUCCGCAGCGUAGAUCCGAGGAGUUUGGGUAUGUGUAAAGUAGACAAGUCUACCACAAUAGAGCCUAAAAGAGCCCGAAUGACAAUAUGCCAGGAAAGUAAUCGUGUUCAACGAAUUUCCAUAAGGAAGUCGUGCUCUUUGCUAGCUGGGAAAGCUCUCAGAGCAAUCCCAACAACUAGAAUGCAUUUGCUGCUUCUAAGUUGGCUAAGAUUGAUUCUAGCAGUUCAAUUGGUACUAGCUCUAGUUCCUCCUAGCUUGGGCAACAAAUCGAUUCAUGAACACAUUCAACCGCCCCCUCAACCACUUGCUAAUGGGUCACAACAAGAGCACCAAACCAUUAGUAAACAAACAAGUCAGUAGCAGCCUCUCCCUCCAAGCUAGUCGAAAGCAAGUCAUAUGUUUAUACUGGCUGCGCAAUCACCAAACUAGUUUUAAUCAUAUGUUUAUACAGCCCACCAAAAUUAAACAAAAGGAUGAAAAGCUCGAAUUAUAUUUGAUUUAUUCAGCAUCCUUUGGAUGUGUUUCCCUCUUCAGUAUCGCUCCAGCAAAACUAGUCUUCUCGAGGCCUAACUUUUGAUGAUGAAUCAUAGUUGCUGUAAUUAUGUUUUAAUGUGAGCAUCUUUGUAACUGAUAAAUUUUGAAUGAGUGAGACUAAUUUACAUUUUAACUGAGUCAAUGGAUGUCCAUGUUUAACGCAUGGGGAAAUUAUUUGUUGCAACA